UGGUAUUUCCACAGAACCCUCUUUUAUCAGACCAUUAUCUAAUAACUUUUGAAUUUCUACUACCGGAGUGUAAGCAAGAGUUACUACACUAGAUGUUUAUCUGAUGGUACCGUAGCUCAAUUUAAAGAAACGAUUCCGUCUGUAUUUAAUUCAAUAUCAUGUCUCAAUAUAACAGAGGACUCCUGUGAUAACUUUAGUCCGUCCCAGGUUGAUGAUCUUGUCGAUAUCUAUCCUCAAAUAUAGUAACCUUAUAAACAGCUGUAAACCCUGAUAUAUAUUGAGAUGGCUUUACUCCCAUCGACCUUGACAAUUUCUACGUCUAAACCUUCGACCUGUCUUUUAGACCCUAUACCGACUAGGCUGCUUAAAGAAGUGUUACCGUUAAUUAGCACGUCUUUAGAUAUGAUCAAUCUGUCUUUACUAACAGGCCAUGUACCACAGUCCUACAAAGUAGCUGUAAAUAAGGUCAAGGGGAUUACUCACAAGCAUGAAUUAUGUGUCCCUAAUAAAUUAAAAACAAAAAUACCACAAAAUUGUGAGGGACAUGUCUUUAGCUUUAGUCUUUGAUCUUUGUUUGGUGAAAAAAAAUGAAAUGAGUUAUUACUGGCAAUGACUGAUGCCUUUGAGUUGAAGAAAUCUCUGACAACAUAAAGACAAAAAAAAAAUCAAUAUUUCAUCAAUUUUGAUACUUUUCAAAGUAAAAGUCAGACAUUUAUUUUCAGAUAGAAGUCAUUUCACUAUGUUCAUAUUUAGAGAUGUCCUGAAAUCAAAUAUGACAAUCAUUAUUGAGCAAUGGGUUUUUAUAGUACCUCAAGUAUUCAGAAAUGUAGCUAUUUCACAGUAGAAAUAUCUGACUUUUACAAUGGAAAAUCUCAUAAUUAAAACGCUUGUUUCCAUGUAUUUUUGUAGUCAGGGAUUAUCAUUGAUUAUUUAAGUGAGGGACAAAUGCAAUGUACAUGUUUGAAUGAUUCAACCCAAGCAAAAGCUCAACAGUAGUCUUCCAGUAAGGAUUCUUAAAUAUCUGCGUCACUUCCGGCACAGCAGCGGACGCCACAGCCACACAGUGACGUCAUCAGGGGGGAAUUAAACAUGGCCGACAGCAAGCGCUAGACGGCUGAAGUUAGCGAAAAGCGUGUGUAAAUUCGACGAACCUCUGAGACUUUGCUGCAGGCAUUUGAACUUUGAGGUACACCUUUGCUGUAUCGGUGUAUUUGGAUACGUCUCACACAUGAAUUGGAGGUUCAAGUUGAGUUUGUUCGUCUGUAAAGACCUCACUAAACCGGACAUUAGCCCGCGGUGUUAGCCACGUUAGCAGCCGGACCAGCGCCUGCUUUUGUCGGGAGGUUGUGCUCCAGAGGGCUGACGUGGACUGUAGCUGUUUAGGUGGACUGAUUCCGGGGCUUUUUGUAUCGUGUUGCGGGUGGGGUCCAGCCGGUCUAGCGGCGUGUUAGCGGUGUUGUUCAUUCAAGGCCAACUUGGCAACAAAGCCACACUUUGCAGACUACGGACACUUAACUCGACUCGAGCCGCUGGACCGUAACUGCCUCAGAACAUUGCGCCGGGAACAUGGAUCCAAAGCGCGCACACGGUAAACCUCAGACGAGCGGCAGCAGCAGCGACUCCAGCUGCGGCAGCCCCGCGUCCCCCUCCAGCAGCCCCGCGCUGGCGGCGAGCAGAGCCCCGGUGCCCGGGGGCAACGCGUUCGCCAACGACGGCAGCUUCAUGGAGAUGUUCAAGAAGAAGAUGGAGGCGGAGGCGAAGAGGAAAAAGGAGACGCAGCAAACAGGUGGAGAGGCGAGAGACACCGAGCAAGGACUGACACCAGUGGAAAAGAAGCCCCCUCCCGUGACGAGCUUUGUGGGGAAGCGCAGAGGCGGCGUGUUCCUAAAGACCGGCGUGGUUGCAAAGAAGCAGAACAACGAAUCAGAAAGCAAGCCAGGCAAGAGCGAUGCUUGGUCAUCGUAUAUGGCCGAGGUAAAAAAGUACAAAGCCCACGAGUGUGGGGACGACGAUAAGACCAGGCCUCUGGUCAAGUAGGGUUCCAUGACGCGAACGCGACAAAGUGUUUGUGAGGUGGACGACCAUCUGGGAGAUGCUCCGGGACGGCCGGCCAAUCCUGAACCUUCUCAUACUGCCAGCUCAAGUCACCCUUCGCGGAAAGCUCUUCACAAACUGCGUAGAUUGAAGGGCCUUUUUCCCUCUUUAUUUUUUUUGUGUUGCUUGUUCUUUGUUGGGACUCUGGUAAUCUGAUGUCAAAAGGUGUUUUGGAAACUUGGCAUUCAUUAUUGUUAAAUGUUUUCUAAUUUGUCAUGUCUGGGUUAAGUUAGGGUUCAUUAUCAGUUGGAUUUGAUUUAAUAGUCAAACCAAGGUGUCAAUUAAAUCUACACUGCCCAUUAA